AUGAUCACCGAGUGUCUCAAUCCUGAGGGCGUGCAGUUCAAGAACAUUGGCGAAUUUGGCAGGUGCUCUUGUACAUGCGACUGCUUCUUGGACGAGCGAAUGUGGACGGCGCUUUUCACUCGUGCACUCCGAAACGCAGCGUUCGUCGAGGUGUACAACAGAUCAUCCGUGAAAGGUCUCGUCAGGAUGACCGAGAACGUGUACGCUGGCAGUCAAAUUACUGUCGACUACGGCAACCAGACUUGGUUCCGCUACGCGUGCGACGAGUGCUGGACUGGCGAGGAGAGAAGUUAG